CAACCUCAGGUGAUCUGCCCGCCUUGGCCUCCAAAGUGCUUGGAUUACAGACGUGAGCCACCACGCCCAGCCAAAAGAUUGAGGUUUUUAAUAAUACCGUCUUUCAGUGGGUUUGGAGAGCUUUAGGUGACUUAGGUGGAAGGUGUCAGGACGAGGACUAUCAGUGGAGGGGUAUGAGCACCAUCUUGGCACUGUAUUCAUUCAUUUACAUCUUUGCACACACACAUGCUGUCGUUUGCUCUGAGCUGCAGCAUUGGGCGGAGAUAAGUGUUUAUAGGAGCAAUUUGACGUAAGAGAACAAUCUCCCUAGCCAAAUUUUUGUCAGUGUAUUCACAAAGUUAUAAACUUACCCAGUAUUAUAUCCCCAAUAAGAAAGAACUAAAAAAUGACAGCCCUAAGGAAGGGUGGAAAGACCUCUUCUGAGAUGGCAGAUUCUAUGUAGCACCCAUGAAGACGGUCUGGUAAGCCACUGAGUUUAUGAGGUAAAAGCAAAACUUCCUCCUGGAAGUAUCAUGGCAGUUCUAUUAUGAAUAUCUAUGUGUGGCUCUGAAAUGAACCUAAAUGUGACUUGUGCAGUUAAUCAUUACCCCAGUGGUUGUCUCAACGACUUGAUUCCCCUAGGCUGCGAGCAGUUCAUCUGGAAAGGAGGCUCCAGAAAGCAGCAUGUCCCCCUUGCUCUUUGGGGCUGGGCUGGUGGUUUUGAAUCUGGUGACGUCUGCCAGGAGCCAGAAGACAGAACCUCUGAGUGGCUCUGGGGACCAGCCACCCUUCCGUGGAGCUGACCGAUAUGACUUUGCCAUCAUGAUCCCUCCAGGAGGCAUGGAAUGCUUUUGGCAAUUUGCCCACCAGACUGGAUACUUCUAUUUCAGUUACGAGGUUCAGCGGACAGUGGGGAUGUCACAUGACCGGCAUGUUGCUGCCACUGCACACAACCCACAGGGAUUUCUCAUAGACACUUCCCAGGAUGUUCGGGGCCAGAUUAACUUCUCUACCCAAGAGACAGGUUUUUAUCAGCUUUGUCUAAGUAAUCAGCAUAAUCACUUCGCUUCCGUGCAAGUGUACCUCAACUUUGGAGUCUUCUAUGAGGGGCCUGAGAUUGAUCACAAACAAAAGGAAAGAAAACAACUGAACGAUACUCUGGAUGCAAUAGAGGACAGCACACAAAAGGUACAGAACAAUAUCUUUCACAUGUGGCGAUACUACAACUUUGCCCGGAUGAGGAAAAUGGCUGACUUUUUCCUUCUCCAGUCAAACUAUCAUUAUGUGAACUGGUGGUCGACAGCCCAGAGCCUCGUUAUUAUUCUUUCUGGGAUCCUGCAACUGUAUUUCUUGAAGCGUCUCUUCAAUGUUCCAACAGCUACAGACACAAAGAAGCCAAGAUGCUAAGCUAAGCUGACUACAGCACCCUGGCUCUUUUCUUCUGGGGCAGAAGCUUAGUGGAAUCAGCUUUGUAACACUCUGGGACAAAAAUCAAUUUAUCUCAUAAAUGUUCUAGUCUGCUGCACACAUCUAAAAAGGCAAAAUGGCAAUAAAAAAUAACAAUGAAAAAGU